AUGGAGCGCUGGGACUCACUGGGAUUUUUGAUUGUCACACUCAACUAUAAUGUGACUAUUAUAGGAAAGAUCUGGCUAAUGUUAAUAAUUCUGCUGCGAAUGGCAGUGGUAGUGUUAGCAGGCUAUCCGCUCUACCAAGACGAGCAGGAGCGCUUCGUCUGCAACACCCUGCAACCAGGAUGCUCCAAUGUUUGCUAUGACUUGUUCUCUCCUGUAUCUCACUUUAGAUUCUGGCUCAUUCAGACUGUGUCUAUCCUGUUACCUUAUGCUGCAUUCAGCAUUUACGUUUUGCACAAGGUAGCUAUGUACAUUGUAAGAAUGCACUGUUUGGUGCAUGGAUGCAAAGGGAAUAAGGGUUUAUCAAGCCCCAAAGACCUGAAGGAGCUCUGUAGAAGUGCAGUUGUCAAUAGAUUAGAUUGUGGUGCAGAGAACCUAAGGGUCCUGAAUUUUUCUGGGGCAUAUACUCUUCAUCUUUUUUUUAGGAUGUUACUUGAGGCCGCCUUUGCAGCUGCGCAGUAUUUUCUUUUUGGAUUUUUUGUUCCUGAGCGCUUUUCCUGCUACCAUUCACCUUGUACAAGCACAGUUGACUGUUACAUCUCCCGGCCCACUGAGAAAUCCAUCAUGAUGAUUUUCAUCUGGGGAGUCAGCAGUCUAUCCUUUCUGCUUAGCCUUGCUGAUCUUGUUUGUGCUCUCCAGAGAAUGACAGCAAGAAACCCAAAGAAAAAGCUGCUGGCCAACCUCCAGGUAGAGAAUGAGUGCAUUUUAGGUCUUUCCCCAGUACAGCCUGGUAGCUCUUCUCUACCUCAAAACCAGGACUGUCCAGUAUCAAAUAGCAGCCAGACCAGUGAUGGUUCCUGUUCACUUCUCUCUGAAGAGGAAGAUGAAGUUGUUCUUCAUGCAGAAGUGGUCUCUCAGCAAACUGCCAGCACUAACCUUAACAGCAAUAAGCCCUGUAUAUUAGAAGAUCUUGCUGUUAAGCAAGAUAGCACUGAAGAGCCUUUGUGUGCUGGUGACCACCAAGGAACUACAUGCAGGCAAGUGAGACCCAGGCUUCAGCAAGACUUCAUUAAGGAUACGUCCCUGACUUUGAGACCUCAGAUCAAAUCUCACCUUGGAGUUUCUUCCACUGUAGUUCCGAGCAAGCUUUUAGGAUAUUACCCUUCAGCUGAGCUAAAAACCCCUGAUGCACAAUCAAAUUAUAGCAGUACUAGUUGCUUGAGGUCAAAAAAAUCAGAAUGGGUAUAG